AUGAUUAGUUUCGUGAAGAAGAAUUCUGCGGCCAGUGGCUCGAGUGUGAGUCCAACUGUGGAGAGCUUUCCUCUCUGUGAGUGGAACCACAAGAUGGUCAUGCAAUGGAUGAAAGCUUCCUGUAUUCAUUCGGAUGUUGUAAAGGCUAUUGAAAAGAGGACUGAUUUUGGAGGAAUUCAAUUAUAUACACUCACAUUGGAUAAAUGUAUCAAUGAAUUCAAAAUUAAGGAGCGACAAGCCAGUGUCUUUAUGUUAUUCGUGGAUAAAUUGAGAAUUGAUAACGUAUUGGAACAUGGAGAGCCUCCUGCUGAUAAGCUCGGAGGAGAAGAACCUCCUGUUCUCAAACAAUUACCAACUCAGAUAGGAACCAUUCAGAAUCCAUACGUGUUGAGAGCACCCAAUCGUGCCAAUUCCAUCAUGAAAGAUUUGAGUGAAUCGGCAAAUAGCAACAAGGAACCAUCAUCACCCAAUAGUAAUCCCAACAACAACAACAUCACUGAAAUCAACUUCUCACCUUCUAACAGCAUUGAUAUUGGUGGAGGAGCGAGUCCGAAUCGAAAUAACAGAACAUCAACCACGAUUAUAAUUGGCUCGGAUUCAACGCUUCAGAACUCAUCGUCUGAUCUAUCAUCACCUCGCAUCGCUGGAUCUACAUCCACGACUGUGGCUUCUUCGGCGUGUUCAGGACAAACAGCCAACACAACUACACCAAUUGAAUCUCCAAAUAUUCAUUCACAUGUGGUGGGUGGCAUGAACGAUGAUGAAAGAAGACCUUCUCGAGAUGAUAUCGAGCUAGCCAUGGAUCUGCUGUAUACGACGGGAGAGGAGGAAGAGGAAGCAAGAUAUAGAACUUUACAAUCUGGCAACAAUCUCGAGAUGAAUAACAUGGAUAUUCACUACAAGGCAAUGAUGAGCACCAGUAGUAGUGGUGCUGGUGCUGGUAUUGACAUUCCAAACCCAAAACUUAGUUUUUAUAUGCAAACAGAUGCUAGCUUGCAACCAACGAGUUAUCUGGCCACAUCCUAUGAUCCAAUGUUCACUAAAAUAAGUUUUGGAUCUGUACCCAACCAAUCUGGAACAGAUAGAUAUUUUGCUUCCAAAGGAGAUGAUUUUAAAUCUAUUUCAAUGAUGCCUACAAGCACAUCUGCCUCAAUGGACGACGACAAAAGGAAAAAGAGAAAACCAAGAAGAUGCUCUCCUUUCCCAGACAAGAAGCUCACAAUUGAAGAACGAGAAAGAAGAGACUUUUGUCUGAAAAAAAUUCAACAACUACGAUCUCCAAUUGCUCCGAAAUUACAUGAAUUGGUUGCACAGGAUUGUGUAAUUCCAGAAAGAUUUCGAUACAAGUAUUUCAAUCCAGAUAGAGUUGACAGACCUGUUCACCCCAGCAAGCUCAACCUGAAAAUUAAGUUGGUCAUUACAGAGAUGAGUACUUCAACUGCUCACAGGAUUUUAAGAAAGCUUGGAAGCUCAGUUGGAGCUCUUAAGAACCAACAAUUCGGAAUGUACCACUCUGCUCUAAUUAUUGGAGAGUUUUAUGUGGAAUUUUGUGACAGUAGUAUUGCCACUGUAAGAAAAAAGAGUAGUAGCAAGGCUGUCUUUGUUGUUGACGUGCACACAUACAAGAAUCAACAGGAAAUUAACAAUGCCUUCAAGGUAAUUUCUGAAGUAAUUUGUGAGUGGAACGGAACCAAAAUGUAUGAUAACAGGAAGGCAAACUGUCAACAUUUUGCUUUGGACAUUUUGGGAAGAUUAGAAAUUUUGGAGCCAUUUUUCGAUAAAAUUUCUGGAUCAGUUAAAAGGUAUUUGGAUAGAUUAAGAAACGAUGGUGUUUGCGAGAUGAACUACACAGUAGAUGACAAGAAACGAAAAAUAAUCUUAAAUUCCAAAAUUGCAAGUAAGGAGCUGAAAGAGCUCGUAAAGCAAAAAGGAGACAUUUCUUUUCCUUCACACAGAUUACUUGAUGAAUUUGUGUACGUCAUAGAAAAGGAAGCUGGUAUUAUGUAUUUUGAUCAAAAUAUUCACGAACAAACCGAUCACAUGUUAUUGAAGGCCUUUGACAGAGCUUUUUGGCUUAGAAAUGAGGCCUCGUCACAUAACAAGGAUUUAACCAAACCGUUGGACAACGAGAGAGGAGAAACCAAUUGUCCAUUUUCACAAGUUGACAAGAACGGAAAGCUUAUCGAUCACACUAUCCACAACACUUAUUUAUUUACGGGAGCUUAUACUCCAGAAUUUCCAGAAAGAUAA